UCACCAGAGGAGUUUGCAGCACCAGAGGAGUUUGCAGUUUGCAGCAGAGGUUUCUAAGGAUAUUCUGCAUCUUAAUGGGGAAAAUACUCCACUAUGGUUUUACAGUAGUAUGUCUGUUUGCAUAUUUUUAUGGAAUAACUGGUCAAACAUGUGAAGGAAAGUGUGGCCAAAAACUGGACAUAUGUUCCUGCCAUGUUACGUGUAUUUCCUUAGAAAACUGCUGUGACAACUUUAAGGAGUUCUGUGUUGACAUUUCUCCAUACUCUGGAUCUAUAUUUGGUGGAAUAGAUGUUGUGGUCCUCAAUGCAACUUUCAAUCAAAGUUCCAGUGUAACCUGUCGGUUUAAUGAAGAGAUUGUGACUGAGGGCUAUGUGGAUGCAGAGAGUCGUGGCCACUGCAUAACGCCUCUUCUCUACGAGACAGGAUGGAUUCCCUUUGAGAUCUCCACUGAUGGCACAACAUACAACCGUCAGGGAUCCUGGCUCUCAGUUCAUCCAGGGAAACUGAACCCACGCUUCAAGGUGACGCUGGUGAAUUCUUCCCACUGGCAGUACUACGGCACGCCCAACGUGGGAGGAGCCCUUCGCAUGACGUGGAACACCUCGUUGGUCAGGGCUGAGAAUGUCAAUAUAGAACUGUGGGGCUACAGGGAGGAAGGAGAGCCUUAUUCAGCAUCCUGGACAGCUGAAUGGAAGUACCUAUAUUCUCUGGCCAGAGGACACCCCAACAAUGGCACCUUCAGCUUUGUUCCCAGUGUGGCAGAGGCGCCCUUCUUAACCUGGGAGCUGGGGUGCCUGCGGGUCAGCCCUAGCUCUUACACUGACGGAAAACGUGAUGUUCAUGCCGUCUGGAGUGAAGACCAUGCCCUGGCAUGGCACCUGGAGGAGAAGUUCAGAGAAGACUCUGCAGCGUGGGCAUUGGAUAAGUGCCAGAAGUGGGACCUGCUGGAGAAAAGCUGGCCCAAUUUCCUGGAGGAGACCAUCGACUGUCCAUGUACUCUGGCCCAAGCAAGAGCAGACACUGGCAGGUUUCAUACUGACUAUGGAUGUGACAUAGAGAAGGGCAGUGUUUGCACAUAUCAUCCAGGCAGUGUCCACUGUGUAAGGGCAAUACAAGCCAGCCCAAAAUACGCAGCUGGACAGCAGUGUUGCUAUGAUAGCACGGGGGCCCAAGUCCUGACGUCGGAUUCCAUCGGGGGAAGCACCCCAGACAGGGGGCACGACUGGGGAUCCCCCCCAUUCCGGAAACCUCCCAGAAUUCCCGGAGCCUCCCACUGGGUUUACGACGUCCUCAGCUUUUACUACUGCUGCCUGUGGUCGGACAACUGCCACUACUAUUUCACGCACAGGCCCUCCAGUGACUGCAGGACAUACCAGCCCCCGAAAGCAGGUGCAGUGUUUGGAGAUCCCCACCUAAUCACGUUUGAUGGCACAAGAUACACCUUCAAUGGAAAGGGGGAGUAUUCAUUAGUCAUUUCCAAUGCAAAGCAUUUUGUCAUUCAGGGAAGAACAGAACAGCUGACCGACCAACAGAGUGGGUCAGGAACAUUGGUCAAUGCCACAAAGCUGUCAUCUGUUGCCAUGAAAGAAGGGGAGUCUGAUGUCAUCGAGGUGCGACUUGACCCGCUGAAAGACAGUCUGCAGGUCCUCCAGAACCAAAUGCCCCUCUCCUUCACAGAACAAACCUGGAUGGACCUCAAGGGUGUCUUUGUAUUCUCCCCGAUACCUCACAAUGUGACUGUCAUGUUCCCGUCUGGGGCGGGAGUGGAGAUGCGGAGAAGGGAAGGGACUAUGGCAGCCACAGUUUUACUCCCCAAGGAGUUCACAAACUCAACCCAAGGGCUGCUCGGAAAGAUGAACAAUGAUCCAAAGGAUGAUCUAGUGUCCAGUACUGGUGAAACUGUGGCAGACGCAAGCAGUCCAGAGCAAGUGUACAGCUUUGGAGCAAGCUGGGCGAUCCUAAAUGAGUCAUCCCUCUUUACCUAUGACUCAAAGUACCUGCUGGACUCAUACCUGUUUGUUCCCAAGCACGAUUCGAAUUUCUCUCCGACAUUCACCAUCCCUGACAAUCCAGAUGACCCGUUACUGAACGAGGCCUCUAAGCUGUGCGCUGGUGACGGCGCUGAGUUCUGCAGAUAUGACACGCUGGUGACACGCAGUAUUCAAGUGGGAAAUGCCACCCGUGUCUCCUUCAGUAGUCAUGCCACUAUAGCUGAGGACCUUAAGACAGUGAUCUCCUGUGGCUGGAUUGCUCCACCAAGUAAUGGUACGAAGGAAGGCACAACAUAUCUACAGGGAUUCACAGUGAAGUUCUCUUGCAAUAGCGGCUAUGUCCUGCAGGGGUCAAAAGAGCGCACGUGUCAAAGCAAUGGACAGUGGUCAGGGGAGCUCACAGAGUGCACGGACACCAUCUCAGUUGCAGACAACACCCUCGGCAUUGUUCUUGGCUCUGUCAUUGGCGCUCUUGCCCUUAUAACCAUAUUGACCACAAUAAUUCUCCAUAACAGGAAACACAAGAGAGCAACACAAAAACAAGAUGAAGAUCCAUCUCUCUGAACCCAGUAUAAGCAUGAUGUACCGCACGAUGACACUGACAUUCCAGAUCAUAACUGCCUUUGAUACGUUUCAAAUGUGUGUGUAUCAGAUCAGAAUCUGACCAAACACAGUAUACUUUCUGGAUAUACAUCAGAGCCAAUUAUUUCUUUUUUUAUUUUACAUUCCUAAUGUUCAUAAUAGACACGACUUUGUUGUAUAGAGUAUGAAAAGCAAUGUGAAUAUGUGAGAAAACUAAUUAAUAGAUUUUUGGUAUUUUUGUCUUUUCCGUCCUUUGGUAUUUUUGUCUUCUGCAAAUAAUUGCAUUAAAACCAUCUGAUCCGAAUACAUCUGAGACCA